AUGAUUUCGGUUCUUUUUGCAAAUGUAUUUAUUGUUAUUCCAAUCACUAUCGUCUUAUUUAUCCAAGACCUGGGAUCGAUAUUUUCUAAUAAAGAACCUGUGGAUCCAAAAAUCAUUUUGAUUACGGGAGCAAGCUCUGGUAUAGGAGCAUCUCUUGCAAAAGAGUAUGCGAAACCUGGAGUUAUUUUAGGUCUUUUGGCUCGAAACGAAGAAAAUUUCGAUGACAAAUAUCCAAUCGACUUGUUCUUUGCUAACGCCGCCCAAAUAGCUACUACAAGAGAUAACUUUGGUAAAGAAGAAUGGGAAGACUCAUAUAAACCUUAUAUUGACGUGAAUUAUACUGGAAAUAUUGCUAGUAUAAUGACGGUUUAUAAACGAAUGAAAUUACGAAGACGUGGUCAAAUAGCAAUUACUUCUUCGAUUGCAGGAUGGUUUAAUACACCAAUAACAGCAUUUUAUAAUUCCAUGAAAGCAGCUUUAAAUUCAUUCGCACGUGAUCUACAUUAUAUUGCUAAACCAUAUAAUGUUCACGUGUCACUUAUAGCACCAGGAUUAAUUAAUACGGAAAUGACGAUACAUUUUCAAAAUAAUAACCCUCGUCUUUUUGCAAGUUCUGAUAAAUUGGCAAAGAUCAUCAAACAUCAAUUAUCUCAUAAUGUUUUUCAAAUUUGUUGGCCUUAUAUUCAAGGUCUAAUAACUUUUACUAUAUCUUCUUAUCCCAUUAGAAUUCAAUUGUUAUUAUCUAACUAUUUAGGUAACAAGUCUAAAAGAAAUGAAUAUUUAUGUAUUCAAAAAUUGAAGGAAACGCAACAAACUUGUCCUGAAUGUGAAGAAAACAUUUCAAUAGAAGAAUUCGAAGAUUUAAAUUUAGCGUGGGAAAAAGCUCCAUUUCGAAUUCAUAUAGAGAAAAUAUCGGAACCGGAACCCACCACACAAAAUAUACAAUACGGGCAAAACGGGAAUAAUUUGAAAGGAGAAUUUUACAUAGUUUUAUUGAAUGGUACCAAAUUACAAUUUAGUUUGGAAAACAUUAAGAACGUUUUAUCUUUAAAAGAAGCCAUAUAUAAACAAACGAAUAUUGAAAUCGAUAAACAAAAGUUGAUUUAUAAAGGAGUUGAAUUACAAACCUAUUCAACUCAUGGGAAAAUUCCAAGAGAAUUGCCCGAAUAUUCAAUCGUAGCCGAGUGUCAUAUUCAACUUAUAGUUCUUUUGUAUUCAAUUUCAAAAGAAUUAUCCAUAAAUGCAUUAACUUUUGACUUAUUUUGGGAAUAUCCAAGAGACAAAAGACGUGACUUUUUGGAUGGUACGUGUUUGAUUUAUACGGAUACUGGAUCUAACAGCCACAUUUUUGAUUAUAAAAGGAAAACUUUGGUUGAUAUUCCCAGUAUGGAUCAUUCCGGUGAUAUCGUAAAUGAUGCUGCAAGGAGAGGACAUCAUCGUAUAACAGCAAAUUUAGCAGAAAUGCCAUCAAAUGUAACGAAAUUAUAUUUCGUUUUGAGUUCUUGGUCAUCACCAAAUAUUGGUUGCUUUCCGAAUCCUUCAUUUAAAAUGUAUGAUCCAUCAAAUCCUAAAGUACAGCUAUGCUCUUAUUCAAUAAGUUCUGCUGCUUCUUCGCGAGCUGUUAUUAUGUGUGUAGUUUCCAAAAAUAACGAUGGUUAUUGGAAUGUAUUUGAAGUUGGUAAAUUAUCAGAUGGUAAUGCAAGAAAUUAUGCUCCGAUUAAUAAUACCAUCAUGAAUAUGGAUCAAUUCUUCUCAUGA